GAAAGAGAGAGGGAGAGAGAAGGACGGAGAACGUCGGAAAAGGCGUCGAGAGCAACGCCGCUCGGAUUGGCGCCGGAACGCCAAUCCGAACUACGAGCGCUCAUUAUCGCCCGCUGCUCGUUGUGGUGGGGAAUCGGAGUAGACAGCAUUACCCCUCCUCGUCCUUCUCUCGGCCGCUCGGCUAGUCUCGUUCUUGUUCGACGCGGUGGUGCACCGCGGUCGCCUGCUAGGUUGUCGAGGCAGGUUUCCCCCACCAGGCCUCCACGGCCGAACGGUCGAAGGGGAAGGGAGGAGGAGCCCCUGCACCGUCUCAGUCUUCGCGUCGCUGCCCUCCAGCAUUCACGCCUCCCGCGUCCGUUCGCAGCGGCGCAGGCACACUCCGGUCCGGUCUGUACGUACACGCACAUACACGCGGCCUCCCCCUCCCCCUCCCGCGCCGCGCCCCCUCCCCCUCGGCCCCUCUCCGUCCACCUCUCUCCCCCCUCCGCCGCCGUCGCUCCUGCUCCGUCCCGUCUACACGUAGACGCGCGCGUACACACGCCCUGAAUCCGGACGAGGACUUUAGCACACCAACACCUCCGCGGGAGGUGUGGGGGUGAGCCCCCAGAGGAGGUGUCAAUCCUAGCGCUGCUCAGUGACCAUCGCGGCGCCACCCAAGUAACACCUUUCGUCCGCUCUCCAGCCCCGGCCGAGGCGGCUAGCGCGCACAGCACACAGCGUUACAGUGUCGUCCAGAGAGCGCCUCCUCUCUCUCGGUCUUUUCGAUUCCUCUCGCCUUUCGCGUUUCGCGCUACGAUCCAAACCAACGACCGGUCCAAACUGUCCUCGUCCUCGGCCCGUGUGUAUCGUCCGGCCGUCGGACGGAUUGCCGGUUCCGCGCGCAAUUUCUCGCUUCUCUCUCGCUUUCCUCUCCGCUUCGUAACGGUCGAGGGACAACAGGCGCGAAUGUACACAUGAUACGUAUAUCCGAGGAGGGCGAAAAAGGAAGAGAGAUUUUUUCUUUUUUUCCGCCAUUGCCUCGGUCGCGUGUCGGUGUCGCGUGAACGUUUGGAUUCGCCUCGCGUCCCUCGAGUAAGUACACGCGUUCGAAAUACACGAAAUAUACAGUGGUGAGGUGUGCGCGCGUGUCGCGUCGAACUGCUUGCUCGCUUGCUUGACCACACGGGUUAAGUCGGGACGGGACGGAACUUUGGUCGGUGUUCGAAACGAGGAAGUGAAUGAUGAAAAGUGAACAGUGAAAAGCAAGAAGAAUAUAUAUAAUCCUCGAGGUGGUGGUUUUGUUCGAUCGAUCGGUGUUUUCGGCCACGGUGUGACUCUGUCCAAGCGCCACCGCCGUCUCUCUGCGAGUUCACUCGCUCUUUCCUCGUGGAUAGGGGAACAGUGCUCGUCCACGCUCGUCGGUGCUUCGUAAAGAACUCUCCUCCCUCGGUGUUUCUUGCAAAAAAAAAAAAGAAAGAAAAAAGAAAAGAAAAAUAAAUUCGUGAUAUCCUACACCAUAGAAGAUAUCGUUUCCAAGCGAAGGAGGGUUCCAAGGUGAGGCUACGAGAGGUGUCCUCGAGGUUCGGGAGGAGGAAGGACGUACGAUGUCGAGCGGACGGCUCGCGACGGACUUCGAGGGGAGAUCGCAGGGGGAGCGACGAGAACGCGGCGCGGAUCGAGGCCCACGCUCCUGAACGUGGCGCGUUCGUGAAAAUUCGUGGAGAAACUCGCGAGUAUGCGAGCGACGGUCGAAACUGAAUCGCUCGAAAUCGCGCUGCACCUGGUAACACCGCCGUUGUUACUCGACGCGGCACGGAUCACUGAGAUACAACGGUAAUCGAAUCCUACGAAGAAACAAAACAUCCCUCGUGUAUCGAAAAAGAAAGAAGAAGAAGAGGAGGAAGAGGAGGAGGAGGAGGAAAGAAAAGGAAGGAAAAAAGAAAGGGAAAAAACGAACCGCAACGUCUAAAAUUCGAUCCCCCCCGUAAUGUGUAUUGUGUUGUUGUCGUGCGUGUGAAAUCCAAGUUGUUCGGGUGUAGCUCGAACGUGAAGAGAGAAAGAGGGGCAAAGAGAAAAGAAGAAGAAGAAGAAGAAGAAGAAGAAGAGGACCGAGGAGAGUAGAAGAGAAGAAGAGGGCGGAGAGGAGGAGAGAGAAAGAGAAAAGAGGAAGGAAAAGAGGGAAGAAGGAAAGGAGGAGGAAAGGAAAAAGCCCCUCUCGGUUUUUUGAGUCACUCGAAGAGGAGAAUCUCGCGCGACUCGGCACACCCGCCCGUCUCGAUGAGAUUCGAACAAGACACAGCGUGCAGGGGUACCCACUGCGCCAGCACUCCGCAACCCUCCGCGCUGCAGCAGCGAUCACGGAUCGAGGAGGUGGUCGAGGAGGAGGUGGACUCCUCCUUGAAGGACAUAGACGUAGGCCAACGGCGUAGACGAGAAUUGGAGGCUAACGUGGUCGAGGGUGCGAACACGGGGCCGAGGGCCGAGGCGGGGGGGCCUGGGAUGGCGUACCCCGCGUCAGCGACGGCUCUCAACCAACACUCGGCCUUCGCAGCCACCUCGAUCGCUGGCACGCCGCCGGCCAACCCCAACGGCCACAUAACCGGCGGCCACCUGCCCGCGCCUGCCGCCCCGCGCCCGACGGACUUCAGCGUCUCCUCCUUGCUCACCGCCGCGACCACUCACCCCCCGAUAUUAGGCGGCUCGUCCUCGCAGGGGAGCGCGUCGCCGCCGCCCGGCGGCCCGGGUAGCCCGGCCGCCGCGCCGGAAACGCCGCCCCCGUUGCCGAGCCAGAGGGAAUUGUCCCAUCCGUCCUCGGCGGUCGCCGCGGCGAGCUACUUCAGCGCUGCCGCCCUGGCGGCGGCCGGAUUUUACAAUCCGGCGGCCCAUCUGCCGGCGACCAGCUCGCCCGGCCCGACGGCCCACCACCUCCAGGGGAAAGGGAUCCUCAGCGGCACCCAUCAUCAUCCGCAUCUUAACCCCCACGGUAUCACGCCGCCAGGUUUAGGCUUGGGUCCGCACACGCCCGAGGAAGCAGCCGUCCUGGCGGCAGCGGCGGCAGCGUUGCACCAUCAUCAUCAAGGCGGUCCUGGUGGACCGGCGAUGAGGCCGCUCAGGCCUCCCUUGCCCCCGGGGAUGCUGCACACCUCGCCACACCCUCUGGCGCCGCACCACCCCCUCGCAGGCCCCCACCACCCUCUCGUGCCCCCCCAUCACCCGGAGGAGGACGGGGUCGUGGACGACCCCAAGGUGACCCUCGAGGGGAAGGAGCUCUGGGAGAAGUUCCACAAACUCGGCACGGAAAUGGUCAUCACAAAGAGCGGCCGGCAGAUGUUCCCUCAAAUGAAGUUCCGAGUUUCCGGAUUGGACGCGAAGGCCAAGUAUAUCCUCCUGCUGGACAUCGUCGCCGCGGAUGACUACAGAUACAAGUUCCACAACAGCAGGUGGAUGGUGGCGGGGAAGGCCGACCCGGAGAUGCCGAAGAGGAUGUACAUCCACCCGGAUUCGCCGAGCAGCGGUGAGCAGUGGAUGCAGAAGGUCGUGAGCUUCCACAAGCUCAAACUCACUAACAACAUCAGCGACAAGCACGGCUUUACGAUAUUGAACUCGAUGCACAAGUAUCAGCCAAGGUUUCACCUGGUGCGGGCCAACGACAUCUUGAAGCUUCCCUACUCCACGUUUAGGAGUUACGUUUUCAAGGAGACGGAAUUCAUCGCGGUGACCGCCUAUCAGAACGAGAAGAUCACCCAAUUGAAGAUCGACAACAACCCGUUUGCGAAGGGAUUCCGGGACACGGGGGCAGGGAAGCGCGAGAAAAAAAGGCAGGCGCUGUUGACGGUGUCAGGUGGCGGUUCCCGUCUGACGACAGGUGGGCCAGCGUCCCCCGAGAAGCGUCGCUCGUCCAACUCCGUCAACGACCUACUGGACGACGAGGACAAACUGCUGGACGUGGUCGGGCCCGACACGCCGCACCCGGCCCACCACCAGCGGGAGCGGGAGCACUCCCGCGAGCGGGAGGACCGAACGAGCGAGAGGGGCGAGGGGAGCGAGUCGUCGGGGUCGGAGAGCGGGGGUGGAGCGGGCCCGACGGGCUCGGAGGGGCCCAGACCGGACGUCUCGGUCGGUCCGCCGCUUCAUCCGCCCCUGCUACCGUACCUCUACCCCCCGGUGCCCGGCCUGUACCCGGGCCCGGGCCCCCUGAUACCGCCCAGCCCCCUCGGCAUGCACGGCGGAGUGACCCCUGGCAUGCUGUUCAACGCGCAACUGGCCCUGGCCGCGUCCCAGCACCCGGCCCUCUUCGCCCACUACCCUCACCCCCUCGCCAGCCCCCUCCACCAGCUCAAGGGCCACCGCUUCGCCCCGUACACCCUGCCCGCGCCGUCCCACGGCUCCGCUUUCGAGACCGUGACGCCUGGUAGCAGGACGCUCAGCCCGAGGUCCCCGCCGCCCAGGCCCCCGACCGGCUCGCCGACACCGACCCCGGCCGGCCUCGCGUCGGGGGGCAGCUCCGCGGGUGAAUUGAAGUCGAUCGAGAACAUGGUGAACGGGCUGCAGGAGAAGAGGAGGCGCAGCCCGAGCCUGACACCCGGCGGGCACAGGGGGGACGCGGACGCUGGAGGGGGGAGUCCGUGACAGGAGAACGAGCCCGUGACCAGCACGAACGAUGACCCCGCGAACGAGCAGCUGAUCGAACCCUGCGAGCCCGAGCAGCUAUCCGGCGACGAGAGGGAGCCGGACUCAACCUCCGAGCCGUCGUAGCGGGGGAGAAGAGGGUCGUCGGUCCGCGGCUCCGCCGCCAUCCGUGCCCCGAUCGGUCGGGACGGGACGGGUCCGCGCCGAGGGGGGACCGGACGAGGGACGCUCGAGAUAACGAAGUGCAAUUUCAGCCCGGGGGUCGCGUUUUCGUCGUCGCGGGGGCCGAUCCCUCGGGCCACGCCGCCGCCGUCGUGGCAUCGCUUCCCUGCGAGUGUGUACAUAAAAAUGGCCGGGAUGGAUGGACGCGGGGCCCGGCCUGUGGACGCUGCACGAGGUGGACUGCGCGCGAUGCUGGUGUACAUUUUUGUUUGCGGGGCACGGAAAGGGGUGGGGGGGCGAGCGUGGCUGGAGGACGGGGCUGGGAGAGCUCGCGUGGGCACGGUCGAAGCGAGGAAGAGGGAUAUUUCGAGACCUUUAACGACCGAUAAUCGAUCGAUUCGAUCAUCGUUGGGAUUAUUUCUUUGGAGAGCCACGCCACGCUCGAAGUGAUUCGAAAAGUAAUCGGGAGGAAGUCGUGAAAGUGGUAAACGAGGAGCGAAAGAGUUGAGAACGAACGAUACAAGCGGAGAGUUUUAAUGAGGGAGACAUUGCAAUACGAGAGCAGCUCCUAUACAUUUGCAGCCCCUGUACAUAUGUACCCUAGUGAUAUUAUAUUAUAUUAUAUAUAUAUAUAUAUAAAUAUAAAUAACUACUCUCUGUAUUAAUUAUUAAAUAUAAUAUUAUAUUAAUUAUUAGAGAGACGUAAACGACGCAUAAACGCACGCUGCCCGAUCGCGCGUCGAUGCCCUGGAAACUAGUGAAAAGAAAAGAGGGGAUAAAUAAUGGAGACGAUGAGAGAGAGAGAGAGAGAGAGAGAGAAGGAAAAGGUUGUGAAACGAACGAGAACGAAGUUACAUUCGAUCCUGAUAGAACUUUCGUCGCGAGAAUCGUUUCGUCGCGCGUGAUUCGAAAUGAAAAGGGAAAGGAAAGGAAAAAUCGAGCGUCGUUCCUCGAUUCGCGCCACAAUGGGCAGCCUCGUUCACGAACGUUUCGAAAAUUGAAUCGGAACGACACGUCGAAAAAUCUCUCUCGGGGCUUUCAUCCAUCUCUUCUCGACGUCGUUGCUUCGAAAAAUGGAACACCGCUCGCCCUUCCCACCCCCUUGCGUCCCUCCUGUUUGUAUAAACGAUCGAUGUAGAUUACUCGCGGGAAUCGUCGUCGUAGAACAUCGAGUUUCACGGUAACUCGAGAGAGAGAGAGAGAGAGAGAGAGGGCGUGAAGAAUCGUGAAGAGAAAGUGACUCGAGACCUGUGCCGUUUUCGAAACCCGAGGAUGGAUCCCGCGAUUCGGUUGACCCUUUGAUCGAGGAUUCUCGAUCAAAUCUAAUUCGAUGAUUGAACGAAGAAUGGAUCACUGAGCGUUUCAUCAGGGGUGAGAGAGUGCAAUUGCGUUUUUUUCGUAAUGUACGAAUACGUAAAAAUGUAAAAAUUAUCUUUCUUCGCGGUGAAGAGAACAAGAGAGCAAGUUCUAUUCAUGGGCUCCCUCUUUGAUUUGAUAUUUCGUUUUUUUUUUUUUUUUUUUAUUUUAUUUUAUACAUAGAAACGGGACGGAUUGUAGUAUAAAUUGUGAAAUUUUUUUUGUUACUUAUGUUGCCGUGUAAAGAUGCGAAGUUGUAAUUAGUUUCGAUCGAGCUGAUAAAUGUUAGCGGUUGACGCGAAUAAUUAAUUGCGAACGAUCGUGGAUCGUAAUCGAAAUAUUACUUCUAAUGUAAAUGUGUACCAUGUAAUGUUCCGAUUGUACGAGACGAUGAACCGUAGUUAGAUUGACGAAUCUAAAGCUAUAUAAUUAUUCUUCGAUGGAUUCUUUUCGUUUAAUUAUUAUCUUGAAACAAACUCGUGAUACCUCCGUCGUGUUUAUUGUAUGAUAAUGUGAAUACUUAUAUAUCUGUUCCUAUUUCUUUUUUUUUUUUUUUUUUUUUUUAAUCAAUCGAUGCUAUUUUGCCAGUUACAAACUGUCACUAUGAUAACUUUUAAAAUAUUUCUUUUUCCUAUUUAAAAUUUUAAAUAAAUGAGUUAAAUGUUUUUCCAUUCUUUUUUUUUUUUCUUCUUCUUUAAUCGCUUUCCUCAUAUUCCAUUUAUUCUGUUCUUUUACAGUACGAAUCGCAAAUUCCAAGAAGAAAGGAAAUAUUCCAACGUUCCUCCCCCUCGAUGCCUAAACGCAUAAGAAAGAAAAAAAAAAAUCAUCGAGAAAAUUUACAAGCCUGUUAAAAAAUGAUAUUAAAAAUUUUGAAAUUAAAAAGUAUCUUAUUCAAAGUGUACGGAACAAAAAAGUAUCGAGAUCAAAGGGUUAACAGCGUUGAACUCCACCAGAGUCGACCGAUCGAGUUUCAUUUCCGUGACGGAAACUCGUUUUCCUCAACUCCUCCGUUGCUUAAGAUGCUCGUAAUCGUAUUAUUGUCCCGAUGUAAAUGCGAAGAAGAAUUCGAAAUUGUACAAAAAAUAGAGAUGAUUCGAGGAAAACGACCACUUUUCUCGAUCGAAACGAAAAAACGAAAUCGCACAGGAAAUUUUAUUUAAGUGAAAAUGUCGCUUCCUCGUCUCGAAGAGCCAGAAAAUAUUCGUUGAAUGAGAAAAUCGCGAAACGAAACCGAUAAAAUUCGAAGAUAGACGAGAAAGUUGGAGAAUGAUACAAUUGCGCGGUAAUCGGGGCGCGGGUCAGGGCCGUAUCGUCGAGUAACGGGGCCCUGCGACAAAUUGCGAUCUUUCCAUUGAAGUUCCAUGAGAAUCUUGCUCAACCAUCGAUCCCGUUUUGUUUCUCUCCGUAUCUUUAUUGCGGUUAUUUCUCGAAGCGCGUUGCGUGUGUGCGCGGUUCUGUGUGUGUUUAGAGAGAAUGCGAGAAAGAGAGAAUGAGAGAGAGAGAGAGAGAGAGAAAGAGAGGAAGAGAAAUAGGAAAACACGUUGUCGAGAGAAAAGCAAUAAAAUAAAUGAAAAAAAAAAAAAAAAAAAAAGAACAAGUGUAACUCGAGGAGAAUCGAAACGAUCUAAACUAACACGAGAAUCCGUGAUAUUC